GCCGCGCCACGGGUGGUCGCGAGGCGGACGCCGGUCCCGGAGCCUAACCAUUGGCCACUGAGCCGAGCCGGCGCUUCCCCGCGCGGGGGUGGCAGCACGUGCCGGGGGCGAGAGCGGAGACCGCAGCUAUGGCGUCGUUACUUUGGGGAGGCGACGCUGGGGCGGCAGAGAGCGAGCGGCUGAACAGCCACUUUUCAAAUCUCGUCCACCCCAGGAAGAACCUCCGUGGUAUUAGGAGUACCACAGUCCCAAACAUAGACGGCUCUCUUAACACCGAAGAUGAUGAUGAAGAGGAUGAUGUAGUGGAUUUGGCAGCCAAUUCACUCUUAAACAAGUUAAUCCGUCAGUCCUUAGUAGAAUCCAGCCACCGAGUGGAAGUCUUACAAAAGGAUCCCAGCUCUCCACUCUACUCGGUGAAAACAUUUGAAGAACUACGGCUAAAGGAAGAGUUACUAAAAGGGAUUUACGCAAUGGGAUUUAACAGACCAUCCAAAAUUCAAGAGAUGGCCCUCCCUAUGAUGCUCGCACAUCCUCCCCAGAACCUCAUAGCACAAAGCCAGUCGGGAACUGGAAAAACGGCCGCCUUUGUCUUAGCAAUGCUAAGCAGAGUGAAUGCCUUGGAAUUGUUUCCACAGUGCCUCUGCCUGGCUCCUACCUAUGAACUGGCUCUGCAGACUGGCCGUGUGGUUGAAAGGAUGGGGAAAUUCUGUGUGGAUGUUGAAGUGAUGUAUGCCAUUCGAGGAAAUCGAAUUCCUCGGGGCACUGAAAUCACCAAACAGAUUAUAAUUGGUACUCCCGGGACUGUCCUAGAUUGGUGCUUCAAGCGAAAAUUGAUUGAUUUGACUAAGAUCCGUGUAUUUGUCCUGGAUGAAGCAGAUGUGAUGAUUGACACCCAAGGAUUCUCAGAUCAGAGUAUUCGUAUCCAAAGAGCUUUACCCUCCGAAUGCCAGAUGCUCCUCUUUUCGGCAACCUUUGAGGACUCUGUGUGGCAGUUUGCUGAACGAAUCAUUCCUGACCCCAAUGUUAUCAAGUUACGAAAAGAGGAACUGACCCUGAACAACAUCCGACAGUAUUAUGUGUUGUGUGAAAACAGAAAAGACAAAUACCAAGCCCUGUGCAACAUCUAUGGCGGCAUCACCAUUGGCCAGGCCAUCAUCUUCUGCCAGACACGGCGAAAUGCCAAGUGGCUGACUGUGGAGAUGAUGCAGGAUGGCCACCAGGUGUCCUUGCUAAGUGGGGAACUCACGGUGGAGCAGCGAGCGUCCAUCAUCCAGAGGUUCCGAGAUGGCAAAGAGAAGGUCCUCAUCACAACCAAUGUCUGUGCUCGAGGAAUUGAUGUGAAGCAGGUCACCAUCGUGGUGAACUUUGACCUUCCUGUAAAUCAAUCAGAAGAGCCAGACUAUGAGACCUACCUCCACCGUAUAGGACGGACAGGACGCUUUGGGAAAAAAGGUCUCGCCUUCAACAUGAUUGAAGUGGAUAAGCUGCCCCUGCUUAUGAAAAUACAGGACCACUUCAAUAGCAAUAUUAAGCAACUCGACCCAGAAGACAUGGAUGAGAUUGAAAAGAUCGAAUAUUGAAGAGAGGCCUUUGUUGUUUGUGGGCUUUCCCAGUUUGUGAGAAUGUUGCAGCAGGUUUUGAAGAUAAUUUUCUAUGUUGAGGCUCUGUCAAGGUGAAACUGUCACAGACAACAAAAUAAAUGUCAUGGUACUCUUCA